GGAGCGGAAAACUCUCCUUGCAACAUGGCUCCCUUUCUCUCCCCCCUCUCCUCGCUCUCCCACCUCUCCUUUGCCAGUACCAGAACUCUGGCAACCAACUAAAUUAUUGUGUCUUUUUGGCGAAGAAGUGGGAUUGGGAUAGACAGAACGGCGAAAGACAGAUAGGUGAGGGUGACACAGGGACAGAAAGUGGGGGAAGGAGAGACCAGAGCUGUCAAUCUUCAUGCUUUGAAUUCAUCUUUGUCAAAAAAAAAUUAUUUAUGCUUCAGCUGAGACCUCAGGUUAAGUCUGUUUCUCUUCAGCUGUUACUUUACAACAUUAACACUUGUAUAUCAUUUAUAGUUCUGAAGGGGAUUCACAUCAGUAGGAAGGCAUUUUUGAGUAAUGUCAGACAGUUUGGCUCCAGUUCUGACUUCAGACACUGACAGGCGGACGCUGACAGGAUUGCAUGGAGUGCGGCUGAGCAGCGGGAGGAGGGAGACGGCGUUUAAGUGCUGCGCACAUUCAACAUGCUCCUUCACAGAUCAUUUCGACUCUGACGGAUUUUGCAUGACAGGCAGACGAGGAACCACACACCAUGUGUCAAUUCUUUGAUACCAGUCCAAUCUUCAAGGAUCUGGGCCAUUUCGAAUCCUUCCAGAGAUUUUGAGUCACAUCCUCAGACAACACACACACACACACGCACACCCGCUACAGACAACUGAACAGACUUAAGAAAAGCAGUCACUGGGGAUUUGUUGAGAACAUAAACUUUGCCACUCAGGAUGUACUGUAAGAAAAUUGCAGACACGCACAUUAAAUUUAGAUCAAACUCUGCUGUACGUCUUCGCCGGAUCCAGUUGUAAAGGCUCGAGUCCUUCGUUCAGCACUGUGAGGACUGCAAUGCAUUUGUUACCUCCGAGUGACCAGGAAGUCAUCAGUCACAAGAAGCUACAACAUCUAAGACACAAAAGAGCAUCUUGCUGACAUUGGAACACAAAUCAGAUCGGAUGGGCUUCAGGUUGAUUAGAGGAAACGCUACCUUUAACAGAUUAACAAAACCUGAAAAAAAUCAGAGGAAUUAGAGUUAGAACAAGAAGUCACCUUUACAGACUCUUAUUGAUGAACAUGAAACAAUUAGUUUAUCUCAAAUGUGAUGAAGAGGCACACUUUCUGAAAGAAGAACAAGGUUGAUAAGCGAUUCUUUAUUCCAAAGACAUUAGCACCAUGAUGGAAAAACUGAAACACUCUGCUCCACCUGCCUCCCCACCUGACCUCCUUCGUCCCACCUCCUCUUCCUCUCCCUCGUCUUCUACUUCUUCACAGUCCUCUGUAUCCGUGGAGCUGCACAGUCCUUCAACGUCCUCGGAUCCCACCAGAAGCCCAAAACCCAUAAAUAAAGCUGAACUAAAAGAACAUAUGAACAUCUCUACUCCAGCCGCGAUUCGAUCUCCCAUCAUCCUAACAACAGUGUUAACCAGUCACCAAACAGGUGCAUACGAACCACCUGAGUCUGCUGUCAGGGAGACGGAGCAAGAUGACGAGAUGGGAAAACUUGAGGGAUCAAAAACCAUUGCCUCUAAUGCUCCUGCAUCCACAGACGGCUCCCCGACUCUUUCUUCCCCACCGCCACUCCUCCCUGCUCCAGCCAAGACAUCUCCGUGCCCCCUUCCGCCUGCAACUUCCACCUCAGCUGUCCCCUCAUCAUCCUCACUGUCUCCUCUUCCUCCACACAUUCCAGUCAUCAGCCUUGGUCACAGCAAGCCCCCUCUGCCUCUCCCCAACACCCCUUUGACUGCCCUCCACCCAAUUCCCAGCCUCAUCCACGGACCCCGCAGGGACAUUCGGCGCAGCCAGCAGACCUGUUUGACCAUGAUCAGUCCUGGAGCAUCAGGAUUAUCUGGAAGUCCUGGAGGCCCUUCCGCUGGUCCUUCUGGGCCCCUCCUGGCUCAGCAGUAUCUCCCUACACACCCGUUCCUCACCAGUUCCUACCUGGGACCCUCAGGGGGAAGCUAUGGUGUCAACAACAACAUCCGCAUUAAGAGGAGGCCCUCCUCUCAUUUUGAGAUGGAGAUCAACGAAUGCCCUCCUCAGAAACUUGCCCGCCGGGUGUUCACCAACAGUCGCGAGCGCUGGCGGCAGCAGAACGUGAACGGCGCUUUUUCUGAGCUCAGAAAACUGAUUCCCACGCACCCGCCCGACAAGAAGCUCAGCAAGAACGAAAUCCUGCGUCUGGCCGUGAAGUACAUCAACUUCCUGGUCACACUGCUCAACGACCAGGCUCAGGACAAGAGCAGGAACUCCGCUGAGGACCGAGCAGAGGACGACAGCAGGGCUGCUGGGUUGGACGGUAACAGUCAGAGGACUCUGUUUCAGAGGGACACAUCGCCCGCAGCAGCCCGUCCCGCUGCUGUGGCGUCAGCCCACAGAGACUCAGCUGACUCAGUCAUUGCAUUGAUGAACUCUCCAGCAACGUCCAGCUGCUAUGGAGACACGGACAGUGAGGAGAGCUUUGGGGCUAAGACCUCUUUGGUAACGCAUGACAUUCUGGGAAAAGUUAAAGGUCAGAUUAGGAUGGUUGCUGCUACAAAUGAUGAGCUGUGACUUUAAAAGAAGUAUAGAAAGGAAAAUACAACAUGUAACAAACCAGGAGCUGCCAAGAAUAAUAGAAUUUGCUUCCCUUUGAUUAUCCAGUUUUUGAAAAUCUGCUUCUAAGUAGUGUGAAUAAAAUGUCCAUAUUGGUGGUAUUUCAUACUUUUAAUAGCCUGUGUUUUUGUGCAAACAUUGAUUUUGAAGUGUUGAGCAUGAAAUAAACCUUUGCUUAGCGGAAAGUUUAGCCAUGAAAUUUAACAGAACAAUCAAAAUAUAUUGCAACCCAAUAAUGUGGAGCAAGCUAUAGUUCACUGCAAAAGUAAACAUAUCCCUAUUUCAUAUAGCAUCGCAUUCAAACCAUGAACACCAGUGUGUUUUAUGGGGAGUCAUUACAAAUCAACAAGAAGCAGUGCAUAACUGAGAAGUUGAAGAAACAUAGCACGUGGUUUCAAAACGUUUUUGUCAUAAAAUUUUCAAAAGUGUAGCAUAAUAUUUGCAUUCAGACUCUUUAUCUCUCAUAUCCUUGAAUAAAAUACAGUCCAAUGUUCUGCCUUCAGAAGUCAACAUGAAUGCAACUGUUACUCAGAUGUUUGUUAGUGAACAAACAGCAUCAUGAAGACCCAGGAAUACAGCAAACGUGUCAAGGAGAAAGUUGUGGAGAAGUAAAGCACCUUGAACACACACAUGACAAAACAUGGUGGUGUCACCAUCACGCUGUGGGGAUUUUUUUUUUUUUUCCUUCAGCAGGGACCUGGUUAGAGUUGAUGGGAAGAUAAAUUCAGCUAAACAACUUAAUCCUAGAAGAAAACUUAUUAGAGGCUGUAAAAGAUUCCCGACUGGGGCUGAGCCUGCAGUAAAAGAUAGUUAAAGAAACUACUUUCUCACAAAGGAUGCAUAGAUUGCAUGCUACAUUUUUCAGAAUGUUUUAUUCAUAGAAUACUUUGAAAAUCAUUAUUCCUCCUCUUCACAAGUGCAAUACUUUGCAAUGUUCUACCUUAGGAUGCUACAUUAAAAUGCAUGGACAGUUGAGGCUGUGAAAAUGUUAGAAUACUUUUGCAAGGAACUGCCACCUUACAUCAAGAAAUGGCAACAUAGAUUCCAGUAACUUCUUGCCUCUUUCGGAAUUAAUUUAUUUUGAGAAAAUAUGGCAAACAUGGCUUUAACUCUCAAAAAUGUCUUGCAUAAAUGUAUUUUGUUCCCGUCUGAAUCUUAGAUGUUUACGUGUACAGUUACAAUCUUCAUCGCACCAGCAGAAAAGCUCAUGGCAUGCCUCACAAUUUGCUAUGUUAAUGUUCCUCCUGUCCUUGUUGCAAAGAAGCGGGUCCAUGGUUCCACCCUGAAGUUGUGACACACUUCUACCAGACAAUAAUAAAGUGUGUUUUACUCUGCUGUUCCUUA